AGAUAGUUUUUAAGAUUGAUAUAUAAAUCCAUAGUUUAAAAUGGCAGGACUGAGCAGUGAACAACUUGAUGAAUUUAGAGAGAAUGGUAUCCUGGUUGUAAAGAAUUUCUUGAGUUUGGGUGAGGUUGAUUCCUUAAGAGCUGCUUGCUCUCAGCUUGUCCAGGAUAUGGAUCCUGCUCAGCAUAGAGGAAUAUUCUCUACUACAGAUCACCAGCAAGCUACAGAUACAUACUUUCUUAACUCAGGAGACAAGAUUAGAUAUUUUUUCGAGGCAGAAGCGUUCGAUGUUGAUGGUAACCUUGUCCUGGAGAAAUCUAGUGCUCUCAACAAGAUGGGACAUUCUCUUCAUACUCUUGAUGAAAACUUUAGAAAAGUCAGUUUCUCAGAUAAAGUCCAAGCUGUUGCACGGAGCCUAGGCAUGAAGGAGCCAGCGAUUGUUCAAGGAAUGUAUAUAUUCAAACAACCUGGUGUAGGUGGAGAGGUGACUCCUCAUCAGGAUGGAACAUUUCUGUUUAAUGAUCCAUUAUCCUUGUAUGGAUUCUGGUUCCCAGUAGAUGAUGCUACCCUAGAGAAUGGAUGCCUUUGGUAUGUACCUGGCUCCCACUCUACUCCCAUCAAUAGAAGAUUUAUCCGAACUAACCAGGAGGAUAAGUUGCUAGGGUUUCGUGGAACUGAUCCUGUAUAUCCUGAUGAUGCUUGGGUUGCUGCUCCUGUAAACCGAGGGGAUCUGGUUCUAAUCCAUGGCCAAGUAUUCCAUAAAUCUGAGAAAAACAUUUCUGAGAAACCCCGACAUGCCUACACUUUUCAUGUUAUAGAAAUGCAGGGAUCAGACUACAGCAAGGAGAAUUGGUUGCAAGCACCAGAGGGCCAGAAACUUCCCAGACUAUUCAUGGAAUAAAAUUAUAAUUUGUUUGAUAAAUAUUUGUGAGUUUUAUAAGUUUAGCUUAAAGCUUGAAUUCAUUUCAAAAUCAAUAAAGUUCUUAUCUUGA